GACAACUUGCAACAUUAAGGCGUCGCUCCGUGGAGUUUAAUUUUUAAAGUAAAUUAUUUUGUUGUGCAAUAAUAAUCUGUUUAAAUGUUGAUAUAGAUAAUUCAAAAUAGUGCUGUGUAUGUGAUAUAUUAAUUCACCUAGCAACAUCGUACUUACACGUUAAUAUCAUGAUGACAAGAAUCCUUGUUUUUUGACAUAUCUUUUAUCCUAGAAACUGACGUGAAGUGUGUGUAAUGUUAUAUAAUAUAUCUUUGAUAACCGUUGAUAGAAGUUGCGCAUGUUUUAUUAAUUAUAAAAUAAUAAUUCGUAGUGACACUGGCAACAUGGAUAGUGCAACUUUGAUAAGCCAUAGUUUUAAGGAAACUGAAGAAGUAAUAAUAAUUGAAAGUGAUGAAGAAGUUAAUAAAGAUGACUAUUUGGAAAGUACAGAUUUGGCUAUAUCUGAUAAAGAUUUAGAUGGAGCUGGAAUAAGUAUUUUAAUGUUGUCGAACGAUAACAAUGAAGCAGAUGAUUUCCAAAAUUUUGAAGAAAAUUCAAAUGGCACCAAAAUAUUAAUGCCAAAAAUUGUUGCUGUGACAGGUGGAGUUCAUGUUAUUCAUUCCAACAAUGGAACAGCAGACAGCAUUAAUGACAUUAUUAUUAAUUCGAUAUCUAGUGAUGAUAAUUCAGACUACGAAGAUAUAUUACUCGAAGGAAAUAAAAAAAAUAAAAAUAAGAAGAAGAUACAUAUGCCUAAUAAGGUGCACAUUAGAAAUAGAAUUAAACAUAUUAUUAAAAGACGAAUAAAAAAAAAUAAAAAACAGUUUUUGCUGAUCAAACCUUACUUAAAAUCCAUAAUAAAAACAAAAAAAAUUCGUCGUCCAAUAAUAAAAAGAAAUGUCAGGAAAUUUAAUUCAGCUCUUCCUAAAAAAAUGAAAACAAAUGACAAUCACUGGACUAGUUUGGUGAGUGCUCGAAGAUCUUUAAUAAACUGUGAUGAAAAUGUUCGGACAGAAAUUAUUGAACAAUUGAAAAUAUUUAGAGAGAAGUGUAAACAACAGAAUAGUAACGAUAGUGAAAUCAUAUCAAAUGAAAUUGAAGAUAACUGUGAAGAACGAAUAUUACUGAAAAGUGUAAUUGAAGAAGAUAAGAAAGCUGUCGAAGAAGAUACUACACUACCUAAUAUUAAAGAACAAAUGGACAUGCCGUGCUGUUCCAAAUCGCUGUUUGAAAAAUUUGAUAAAUCGAUGUCUGAGAAGACGAUUGCGAUUCCAUUAAAUGGCGGAGUUUCAGGGUGUUCAGUAAAAAGCUUGGAUAAAUCGAAAUACAAAAGCCUCAAAUAUAGACUUCAAAAUGAUACUCAAAAAAGUGAUUCUACAAAUAUAAUUUUCAAAACUUCGGAAUAUCAUAAUAAUUCUUCAGAAAAUACUGAUCAAAUAGAAAAUUCAUCAAUACAUUGCAAACCAGUUUUGCAACCUAAAAGUCAAAGUUUUGACUGUUCAGAUGCGAUAAUUUUAGAAAAAGAGUAUGACAAAAAUGGUAUAUCUCAAGAAAAUCAAUCGUCUACUCCUAGACUAGAUGAUGCUAUCGAAAGAAUACGAGCUUUACGGUCAAGAAAGAUUUCUGAAAAAGACGAUAUUUUAUCAAUUUUAAAAUUUGGAAAUGAUAUGUUUCGGCAAGAAAAUUCGUUGAAUGAACAUCUAGGGCUAAAUUCGCCGAGUUCCAGUGAUUCAAUGAGAACGAAAAAGAAUUCUAGAAUGAGUGUUUCCCCAACUUUAGGACCAACUAAAAUAGCUUUACCUAAUGGGAAAAUAGUAAAACCCAAAACCCUGGCGGAAAAGCGACGUUUGUUACGAAGGGAGUUUGAAUCAGAAAUGCGUUCCAAAAUGCAAAUUAAUGAUCAACUUCUAGAACGUCAGAUACUUCGUCAGAAGUCCAAUAACAAACGAACAGAAAGCAGUGAUGUUAGAGAAAGAUUAUUAUACGACAAUGCUCCUAUGACUCGGCUAAGCUGGAAUCGUGCAACUGACUUACAAAGUUCAAACACCACCUUUCGUCAACAAUUCAUGAUGAUAGACGGUAGAUAUGUUCGAAUAUGCGGAAGUCGUGGAGGUAGUAAGAGAUUUUUAACACCUCCACCUUCAUCCGAUCAGAUUUUAGAGAAGUCUACUAAAACUAUAAAGCGCACUGAUUCAGAUCAACAAUCACAGUUUUUACCAGGACCGUUAAGUAGAAAACAUCUCUUAAUUCGUGAAAUGGAUUUUGGGGAUGGUUCACACACUCGCAAAAAAUUGCCACGAGUUUACUUAGAAGUGUUUCCAAAAUGCAACAGCCCAUUAGAUACUGUAGCACAAACAUAUUUGAAAUCUGCUUUUUCUGAAACAAUUGAUGUAAGGAGAGCUAUGUUUGCAGCAACAGCGCUUAAUGAAUAUAGAAAUAAAGACAAGUAUUUGUUUCCUCUUCAGUAUCGAAAUGGUCAGAAAGAAGUAUUAUGUCGUUUAAAAGAAACGGAUGGUUUAUUAUCGUCACAAAAUGCAAGCGAAAAACAGGAGCUCGCAUCUGACGAUAAAAAAAUAAUAACUAAUAUGUUGUCUGGUAUGUUUGAUUAUGUAGAAACAUCGUUCUUGGGUGAUGCUAUACUUCAAGUUGACCCCGACGCGGCGGCAUUGUCAAAGUCACCAGAAAAGUUACUGACAUCGCAGCCACAACCUGAACCCACCGCAAUUUCGCACGUACGAAAAACAGCUCUAGAACUACGCCGUUUGAACGUUACGGUUAUUGAAGCAAAAGAGUGUGCGUCUAAUAACACGGUUUGCUGCGAGGAAGAUUAUUGCCGCUUAGGUUGUAUUUGUUCUUCUCUAAAAUGUUUGGCCUCUGGUAUUAAAAGGCAUUGCGGUAACGUGGAAUGCAUGUUUGAAUGCAAAUGCGAAUAUACACACCGUCUUCGACAGAAACGUGUAUUAUCCAAUAAUGCUAUUGACGAAGAUGAUAUGUUGGAAUUAAAAGAUCGCGUUUGUAGCGGACUAGCACCGGUAGAAGCAGAAUUUAAACACGCAGUUGUAGUAAAUCAAGAUCAUAGCGUCACUUUAGUGGAUGGCGAUACAGAAAAACGGAAACGAUCUGUUAAAGUUCCCAAACGUUUCGAUGAUUACAUAUCUUCAGAUUUGACAGUUUUUCCGUCUCAGUCUCUAUCACCAACUAAAAAUUCUGAAGAAAUACCGGAACCACGAAAAAUUAUUAGAACACCAAUUAUACCAAAAGAAAAACUACUAUUACCGCGUAAUUUAGAAGUGCGGCUUUACAAUCUUGGUUUGAAGGAUGUUGAACCUUGGUGCAUGGUGCAUGAAUUAUAUAGAUGUUUUUGCGAUUGUAAGGAUGCGUUUGGUGAACCAUUUGCAGAAAGAAAACGUGAUAUUUCACCAGAUGUUACAGAUCAGACUGAAGAUACAAAAAAAAGUGAACUUUCUAUAAAAACGCUUAAUAGGACGAUUUUGUUAGAAACAGACGAUAAAAGCACUGCACGUAAGAAAAAUUGGCAUGUGGAGUGUUUUUCCAGUGAUAUAGGUAACGAAGAAUCCUCAGAUGUAACUGAAUAUGUCAGACGUAAGCCAGGUCCAGCAUCUUCAAAAUAUCGAUAUGCUGCAUCUUCAAAACAUAGAGAUACAUCUGGAAUUGUUUCUUCGAAAUAUAAAGAAACUCAUAGCCCCAUACCUUCAAAAUGUAAAGAUGCUAAAUCAUCAAAAUAUGUAGACUCAUCGUAUAGAUCUAAGUGUAGAAAUUCUUCUAGUAGCGCGUCUGCAAAACAUUCAGAUAUUUCCGACGAAGAUUUGAGCGUAAGACGUAGAUCAAAUGAUUGUGUGAAAAGAAUGCGUUCCAGUAUCGAGGAAGAUAAAAGUGACAACAUUGUAACCAAACAGCCGCGAUUACAAAUCAAAUCACCUUGGGACUUAAACCAAAUGGCAGACAAAAUAUCCUCCGAUAAAAAAGAUGGAGAUACUGGGUCCUUGCUUCGUGAAUUUACUUUAUCUACCACUAGUGUUUUAGGCAAGAAUUUCGUAGCUAAGGAUGUUUCCAAAACUAGUAAAAAUGACAUGAGUUAUAUUGAAACAACUAUACGACAGCAAAGAGAUAAUAUGAAAAAAUCAAUGCGAUGCGCUAGAAUUGACCAACCUUAUUCAUCUAAGCGUGACAGAAAAGAAUUAAGCGAAAAAGAAACGCAAAAACGUUUCAAUGAAAUAUGCGAAAAAAAUGCAAAUCCAGAAUCAUUAAGGCGAUUACAAAUAUUAGUGAAACGCAGCCAGAUUGUAUCUAAUAGUAGUUUUUCAGGAAAUACGAUGGAUAAUUCAAAUAAUGCUGAUGAUGAUGCCGUUCCAAUAAAAAUCACACCAGUAAAACAUGCUUUGCCUUUGUCUUUGGGUCCUCCACCUCUUAAACCAGCGCCAGGGAUAGUUUCAUCCAAACAAAUUGAAACAAAAGUAGUCGAUAUGAUAUCAUCCCCAUUGCCGCAAAAAGAUCAAAAGGCAAUGAGCUCUAUGGUAAACAAAGAAAUAAUAAGAAUGUUGAACCAAAAAGGAGCUCUGGAUGCUUAUUUUGACAUUUCAAAACCUUGGUUGUACGAGUUUCAAUGCCUUCAAUGGUAUAAAAUGCUUUGUAAGUAUAAGAAUAGUCAGAUAAAGUUGUGGCUUGAAACAAAGCCUGAACAAAACGGAACUAUGGCUUUAUUAACAACUGGUGUAAAGCCACCAAUUUCUAAUUGUAUAGAUAUGAAAACGUUAGAACCAGCAAUCGCAAAGAAAAAUAUUGCUAAUGUUCCAAAGUUUGCUUUAAAAAUAUAUGCUGAUUGUCAGAAAUUAAUGGAUUGCAAACACAAAUUGCAAUAUGUUUUCAUGCGCGCUUUUCCUACUCACUGGACAUUAGAAGGUGUUAUUGAAAAGGGAUAUAAAUCGAAAAAGGAGACUAAGCCCAGUGUAAAAGAAGUUACGAUUGUUAAAGGAAAAUCUAACGAAUUCGCGAAUAAUGUGCAACCUAAAGACGGAACAAGCCAACGUUGCAAGAAUAAUGUGAACAAAUCCAAUAUGCUUUUGAAUAGCGAAUUGUUAAAGAGUCGUACAGAAAUUGAAGCUACAUUAGUUGAUGCGAAUGUUGUCAAAGAUUCGGAAAAGCGAAAAUUGUCAGCGAUCUCUAAUGGUAAGAGUGUCUCAGUUACAAAAUAUAUUUCCAAAGAAAAUCAGCAAAAAGAGAUACUUGCAAAAAGGAGACGUUUAUCUGAUAGCAAAGAUGUAGACUGUGAUAAAGUAAGAACUGGUUUAAAUAAAAAUGAAAAUUCUAAUUUGACGGUAGAUGUUACAGUUUCUACGUUAAAUAAUGAUUUAAAUGGAGUUGCUAAUAAAAAUCCAAACUUAGAUUCUGCAAAUUUUUCAAAUUGGAGCAGUUCUUUAUCAGACAAUUUCUCCAAACUGGAACCGUUACCAUUUCUAAGUGGUAUGCGAUAUCUUUUUGUUUCAAUGAAAGAAAAUUUUAAUUUACUCACAUCUACUCGCAAAGGUUAUAGGGUAACCUAUCUUCAGUUGAUAAACGCCAUCCAGACAGCGAACCAACAAAACGUCUACGUGCGCCUUAAAUUCAAACAGAACAAUUUAAAUUCCGAUGAACGAGGGGUAGUUUUGGCGGUACCAUGGUGUAAAGAUGGUGUUUUUAUUGGUCCUUACGGCCUCUCAGAAGAUUGUUUGAUAACCAAACAGAUUUAUUGGCGCAAUAAGAUUCUUGGUUUGUCGGAAUAUACGCGCACUGUCUUGAAAAGGAAACCCAGACCAGUUGGGUACUGGAUGUGUUUCUAUGGCGAUGAUAUAAAAUUUUUGCGGGCUUAUCAAAGCCUUGUUCUACGACUAGAAUCAGAUGACAACAAAGAAAUUGUUUCAAGUUCAAUUAUCACUAAUCCAAAUAACACUUCUUUAGCCCAAAUUAAAGGUACAUCGCCGAAUAGCCUGUUAAAAACUACUUUGAAUAAAACACAAUCAUCUACGAAUGUAAUGCAUCAAUCACCUCAACCUGAUACCUCAAAAAUGAUUAGUAUUCCAAAGUUAUUACCUAAACCUCAAGGAGAAUCAGCCGCAAUCAAUAAUACACAAUCUGUUCGCGAUAAAAGACCUUUGUCAAGAUUACAGUCUGAUUUUUCACCUAAUAACAAUAGAAUUGGUUUUAUAAGAAGGCAAUCCCAUACCCAAGAAGAAAAUAGAAAUGGACACAGAGACGCGUUGAUAAGUCGUAGUGUGAAUUUGAACAGAUUGUCUAUUACAGACGAAGCUUCUUCGAAUACAAAACAGAGAACUGUUCUGCAAAAAGCUGUCCCCCAAAUAUCGAACAACAAAAUAAUGUUAAAAAAUAGUCCCAAGGUUAAUUCAGCCAAUACUACAAUACUCAAUGCAAAUUCUACCUCGUCUAGGAGCUUGCUAAGGAAAGAAAAUACAGAUAUUGGCACAACUUCAACUACUGAUGAUAUUUCCAAGGGAGAUACUUCAGAUGAUGAGCCUGAACUAAUCAUUAAUGAGGCUGAAAAUGUCGUUAUUGACCUCCUAUCUGAUUCUGAAGAAGAACUUCAUGACAUGGGUGCUCCUGGUAAAAGAUGGCUUUAUUGUGAUGUCAAUGGAAUAGGUUAUGUAGAGGCGCAAGUUUUGCAAAACCACAAAAUUUCAGUAAGCCUUCCACUAUCUUCAACUGGUACAGAAUUUGCAAAUUUAGAAGAUGCUACUUCUUUUAUUAAUACAAACCUAAGGAAAGUAGUCUAUUUUUUGCCUAACUCAUUUAUACCCACCUGGACUGUAACUACUUCAUUCAAUGUUGUUCAGAAUAUGAAGAAAAUGAGCGCUGUUCUCUUUCAAGGAAGUUUUGUAAUAUACAGCCAUAUGUUGAUUGACUUAUCAAAUUUGAGAAAUAUUGAUGAUCACAUUAAAAACAAGAGAGAUCGAGAGCUAGCGAUGAAAUAUGCUGAGCAUUAUACUGUACGAUAUAUUAAGCAAGCACUUGGAUUCAAAGCCUCUUGCCAACUUUCUAGGAAACAACUUGCUGAUGCUGCAUGCACUGAAAUCAAGUCCAUGACAAAUGUAGAAUCGAAAUUGAAUUUUGAAAAAAACAUUUUGCUCAGCUCUAGAGCCCAAUUGUUGGGAAAAGUUCAAGGAUUAAUGAAAACAGCUAAAUUUGUAUCAGAAACUGUUCUUAACUUGAACUUAUAA